AGAAGAGGAGUGAAGGGAAAAGACCGGCAUCCACAGCACGUUGAAGCGGAGCAGAGAGAGAGGAGUAUCAGUGGCUGGACUCUGGAGCGGGUCAGUCGACCGGUUGCCGAGCAAACAGCCUGUUUUGCGCAGAACGGCACGCAUGCCGUCUCUCUGGAAGCUGCCAGUAGGUGUGUGCAGGUGCGACGAAAAGGUGACGGACUCGUCGCGAAGGUGAAGUGGGGAGAAGGUAAACACACAUAUCGAGACGGAGAAAAGAGGUGGAAAUCUCAGGUGAGUUCGGUCGCCAAGAAGCCACGAAGAGAUGCCGGAAGAAAAGCAAGUAGCGGCGCAAGCCAAUGCGCCAGACAUCGAUAAACCGUACUGGGAUCAGAGCACCUAUCGAGGAAGGGCGUUGCACUUUUUAACAGUGACAAACCCGCUCAAUGUCUUUGCCACGAAUAAGCAGCUCGAGCACGCGCGCGAUGUCGUCACGAAGUACAGACAGGGCGAAGACCUGAAAAAACAAGGAAUCAGCGAAGAUGAAUUAUGGAAAUGCAAAUAUCUUUACGAUAGCGCCUAUCAUCCAGACACCGGUGAAAAAAUGCUGUUGAUAGGUCGUAUGAGUGCUCAAGUGCCGAUGAACAUGAUGAUAACCGGCUGCAUGAUGACGUUCUACAAAUCAACGCCAGCUGUGAUAUUCUGGCAGUGGAUCAAUCAGUCGUUCAACGCCAUAGUGAAUUACACGAAUCGAAGUGGCUCGAGUCCGAUUCCAACGGAGACGUUAGCGCAGAGUUACGUCGGCGCCACGGGAGGCGCCGUAGUGACGGCGUUGACCCUGAAUCGUCUCGCUCAGCGCGCACCACCAUUGGCAGGCCGGCUGGUGCCAUUGGCAGCGGUCGCAGCAGCUAAUUGUGUCAACAUCCCUCUCAUGAGGGUCACUGAACUCCAAAAUGGUAUCGAAUUACAAACCGAGAACGGUACGAAGGUAGGCCACAGCAAACGAGCAGCGAAACAGGCAAUCAUGAGUGUGACGUUAUCGCGUAUACUUAUGGCUUCUCCGAGCAUGGUAUUGGCACCGAUAGUAAUGAAUUAUCUGGAUCGAAAGAAGCUAUUGCGUAAUGCGAAAUGGGCUGCCGGACCGAUUCAAGUGCUGAUCUGUGGAGUGUGUCUCACUUUCGCGACACCGCUCUGUUGCGCUCUUUUUGCGCAAAGCGUGCCGAUCUCAGUAAAUCAAUUAGAAGCGGAUGUGCAGAAAGAAAUACGUGCGCACGAUCCCAGUCUGGAGACUGUGUAUUACAACAAAGGCCUUUGAAAACUGGGGCUGGAUCCCCGCACGAAAUUCGAAUAUUUUUACCGAUCCACGAACUUGAUCUAUUCUUAAACUCAGGUAUUAUACAAUAUUCCCGAGCACAGUAUUCGAAAGCACAAAUGUGCCAUUAGUGUAUCCGAUGACUCCUACAGUUAUAUAGACGAUUUGCUGUUGUUGUUUGUUAGAUAUAAAAUUCGUAAACAAUCGAUGUCAGAUGCAAUCGUAAAACGCUAACUUAUGAUAAAGAAACGAUUCUCUUUAUUGUACACGUCCAACAGAUACAUAUACAUAUCUCUUCUUUUACUUUGGUCAAUACAUAUAUAUCGUGAAUUUCUUGCGCAAAAUGCAGAUUAUGAAGUGAGAAAGAGUAACGAAGACAAUAAAAUCUACAUUUACAUGUUC